ACGUCGCUAACCGAAGAGGGGGCGGGGCACAACGAGGACCAUCUCCAACGGUUUGUAUGUUGUUUUUCAUGAGUUGUCGUCGGGUGUCUCUGUCAGUCAUACGGCUAGCCCUACCCCGCUUUCCGAAUCCAAUAGCGAAGCUUGUGUCUCCGACUCUUCGAGCAAGCAGACUGCUAGUCUUAAAUUGGUCUCCAGCGUAUCGACAUUAUUCAGCAUGCCUGAGCGGAGGCCCUUCGUGCGGUUGCCCACUGACGUCUACCCCGUCAACUACGGGCUGCGCCUCAAGCCCGACCUCAUCGACUUCACCUUCGAGGGCAAACUGGAGGCAGCCGUGGAGGUUACACAAGGGACAAACCAGAUUGUGAUGAACUGUGCUGAUAUAGACAUAAUUACUGCUUCUUUUGUGCCUGAAGGGGGGGACGAAAUUAACGCUACAGGAUUUAACUAUCAGAAUGAGGAUGAGAAGGUGACCCUAUGUUUCCCCAGCACUCUGCAAAAAGGGGCGGGAUCAUUGAAAAUAGACUUUGUUGGAGAGCUGAACGACAAAAUGAAAGGCUUCUAUAGGAGUAAAUACAUGACUGCUUCGGGAGAAAUCCGCUACGCUGCCGUCACACAGUUUGAGGCCACGGACGCACGUCGAGCUUUCCCUUGCUGGGACGAACCCGCUAUCAAAGCCACUUUUGACAUCACCCUUAUCGUCCCAAAGGACAGAAUAUCCUUGUCAAAUAUGAAUGUUGUUGAUCGAAAGCCAUAUCCAGAGGAUCACAGUCUGGUGGAGGUGAAGUUUGCCACUACACCCAUCAUGUCCACCUACCUGGUGGCGUUUGUCAUUGGCGAGUAUGACUUUGUGGAGAGUCAGUCAUCAGAUGGUGUGACGGUCCGUGUGUACACUCCUGUUGGAAAGGCAGAGCAAGGGAAAUUUGCACUGGAGGUUGCUACAAAGACCCUUCCGUUCUACAAAGACUAUUUCCAUGUUCCUUAUCCGUUGCCUAAAAUUGAUCUAAUUGCAAUUGCUGAUUUUGCUGCCGGUGCCAUGGAAAACUGGGGCCUUGUUACUUACAGGGAGACGGCUCUGCUGAUUGACCCAAAGAACUCGUGUGCAUCGUCCCGGCAAUGGGUCGCCCUGGUAGUCGGCCACGAGCUGGCACAUCAGUGGUUUGGGAACCUGGUUACUAUGGAAUGGUGGACUCAUUUGUGGCUAAACGAAGGCUUUGCGUCUUGGAUCGAGUACCUUUGUGUGGACCACUGUUUCCCUGAGUACGACAUCUGGACCCAGUUUGUGUCUGCCGACUACACUAGGGCUCUGGACCUGGAUGCGUUAGAUAACAGCCACCCUAUUGAGGUUGAUGUUGGACACCCUUCAGAAGUGGAUGAAAUAUUCGAUGCCAUAUCGUACAGCAAAGGGGCCUCUGUCAUUCGCAUGCUGCAUAACUAUAUCGGCGAUGAGGAUUUUAGAACGGGAAUGAAUGCUUACCUUUUGAAGUUCCAGCACAAAAAUGCAUCUACUGAGGACCUUUGGGAGUGUUUGGAGCAAGCAAGUGGGAAACCUAUCGCUGCAGUGAUGAAUUCCUGGACCAAACAAAUGGGAUUCCCUAUUAUAGUAGUGGAUCAAGAGCAGCAUGGCAGUGACCGUGUGCUGAAAAUCUCUCAGAAGAAGUUCUGUGCUAGCGGACCACGUAAUGAUGAGAACUGCCCUAAUUGGAUGGUUCCCAUCAGUAUCUGCACUAGUGAGGACCCGAGCUGCACCAAGAUGAAGGUUCUGUUGGACCAGCCUGAAACCACAGUUAACAUCACCAACGUUGCACCUGACCAUUGGAUCAAGAUUAAUCCAGGUACCGUGGGAUUCUACAGGAUCCAGUACAGCUCUGCCAUGCUGGAAAGUUUGCUGCCUGGUAUCCGAGACCUCACACUGCUGCCUGUGGACCGCCUGGGUCUGCAAAACGAUCUCUUCUCCCUGGCUCGAGCAGGUAUGAUCAGUACUGUGGAGGUGUUGAAGGUGAUGGAAGCAUUUGUGAAUGAGCCAAACUACACGGUGUGGAGUGACCUGAGCUGUAAUCUGGGUGUUCUGUCCUCUCUGCUCUCACACACUGACUUCCACGAGGACAUUCAGGAGUUCAUCCGAGAUCUCUUCACCCCUAUCGGCAUGAAGCUGGGCUGGGACAGUAAAACCGGAGAGGGGCAUUUGGACGCCCUGCUGCGGGGUCUGGUGCUGGGGAAGCUGGGUAAAGCGGGGCAUAAGGCCACACUGGAGGAGGCUCGGCGGAGAUUCAAAGAACAUGUGGAGGGUAAACAGAUCCUGCCUGCAGACCUCAGGAGUCCAGUAUACCUAACAGUUCUGAAGCACGGAGACAGCACAACGCUUGACACCAUGCUCAAGCUUCACAAGCAGGCAGACAUGCAGGAAGAGAAGAACCGCAUCGAGAGAGUGCUGGGAGCCAUUCCCGCCCCUGACCUCAUCCAGAGAGUGCUUAACUUUGCCCUGUCGGAGGAGGUUCGUCCCCAGGACACUGUGUCUGUAAUUGGGGGCGUAGCUGGAAGCAGCAAACAGGGGCGCAAAGCUGCAUGGAAAUUUGUUAAGGACAACUGGGAAGAACUUCAUAAUCGUUACCAGGGCGGCUUCCUCAUAUCAAGACUCAUCAAGCUGACAGUGGAUGGGUUUGCAAUAGAUAAAAUGGCUGCUGAAGUUAAGAGUUUCUUUGAAAGUCAUCACGCGCCAGCGGCUGAGCGCACGGUACAGCAGUGCUGCGAGAACAUUCUCCUGAACGCCACAUGGCUCAAGAGAGACGCAGACCACAUCCACCAGUACCUGCUGCAGCGGAAAGCGCCCCCCGUCUGACCUCUGACCCCUCCCUGACCUGCUCACUCACUCCCAAAUGAGCAUCAUCUGGCUAUCUUCAGC